AAUUUGUGACAUGUCUGAUUAUAUCUAGGUACGUUUAGAGUCGUAUUAUACGCGCUGUCUCCCUCUGAUCUAAAAUCUCGUUUCUGCAGUGAAUAUGCUGCUAGUUCUCCCUCUACUACUGGGAACCGAGGCAGUGCCGGUUCCUUCCGAGCACUUUAGGAACUAGCUUGCCUUAUUUUAGGUCCAUAAUGGGCGGAGUAAGAAAAGUACUUUAGAUCGCGGAGAGCAACACUAGGGGGGGACGUUGACUAACUUGAAUUAAUGAGCUAACGCUGGGACCGAGAAUGUCCAAUAAUUCAGGGUGACCGAACUGACAUAUUGGAAUCCACAAAGGCGUCACUAACCACAAUGCCAGGUAUCCUGGACAAUCGUCAAUGACGGCCCCUGUAACAUGCCCUCAUAGAUCCUCAUGCCAGUUCUUCGGGUGCGUUUUCCCUUUCUUUCCAGCCGCUUCAAAACGCCGAAAUGUUAUACUGUGGCUCGACAUCUUCCUUUCUUACUUUCAUCUCGCAAUGAGCUACAGACACUCCCUGGAGGAUACUUGUAGGGUGUUUAUUUCGCGUCCGCGACGCUAUAAUCAACCAGCACCCACCCAACAUGCAUUCCAGCAUUCCCCAUCGCCUGGCUUCGCACCCAAUCACCACAAAGCUGCCUCGGACUCCACUCCGUCACCCAACACGCUUCCCGACGUCAUUCAACUGCCUAUACCAGGAGUCGCAGACCUCAUUCCAAAGACGAAUCGGACAUCGCAUGCCAAACGGCAGCCUGCCGGGCACAUCCCUCGUCCGCGCAAUGCGUUCAUUCUCUUCCGCUGUGACUUUGUCCAGCAAAAGAAAAUUCCUGGUCAUGUAGAAAGUGACCACCGAAACCUAUCACGUAUCGCAGGUAAAAUAUGGAGAGGCAUGAAGAAAGAGCAACAAAAACCGUGGAUUGACCUUGCCUUGAAAGAGAAAGAGCGCCACGCUGCGAUGUACCCUGGGUAUAAAUACAUGCCUGCGCAGCAAACUUCAAAGCAAAGGAAGGUCAAGAGUGACCGCAUCGCUAAAGAAGAGAGGGAGCUGGAAUCACGCAGGGCAGAAUUAUCAUCCGUCUUGGUACAGCGCGCACUUGACAUGAGUGAUAGCUCGAAGCAAACUGCGCAGGCUGCCGCCCGUUUCACUCCCUAUCCCGCUCCCUCGCGUCCACGACGCUCGUCCUCGUGCCCCCCUGUUGGCGCGGAACCAGUGAACCCGUCCGCAGAUCUCGACUCUUGGACUCCGUUCUUGGUUACUCAUGACGAUCUAGCUCGUCGCCCGAGCCGCACUACCAUGUACCACUCCGUCACCUCGGAGCCAAUCGCUUCACCUCUCAUUCCAGCGUGUGACCUUCCGAACUCGCAGCCUGGUGGAGAUACAUGGUUAGGUGCUCCAAUGCCGUAUGCAUGGCCUCUUCCAGACCGAGAGGACGACCCUUUGUUCGAGAUGCAGGCUUCUGAUGCCACGUCACAGUUUAACUCUCCCUUCGGGCAACAGAACACCGAACUUUAUUCUCAGUAUUCCGAGUUCAUAUAUUCCCCAUUUGAGAACCUUCCCCAGAUGCCCCCCGUGAGCAUGGACAGGGGAGGGGCACUUGGGUUGGAAUUUACUAAUCCCUUCGGUUUUGACAAUUUCUCAUUCAAUGGGGAUAACUUUCUGACAUCGUCUUCUGACAUGUCUUCGAUGCUCUCUUCUCUGGAAUGUGCCAUGUCAAGUGACCCGAGCGCUAUGAGGGGUACGGAAUAGAGCUGUGGGACGUCCUCCUUUUUUGCAGUCGGAAUGUCAUAGCCUUGGUCCAUAGAUUCUAAGAUCAUAUAGUACCUAUGCAUCAGUAAUUUACAUGGAAACAGCGUACCAACGUACCAACAGUAUUUAAUAUAUUUUCGUGGAGUAUACAUAGCUUUUAGAAUAGUCUCUCAUUGCACAAAGCAUC